AUGGACUUCUCGACACACUCGUCGCCCUCGGGCGCCGAAGCCCUUACCUUUAUAGAAAUGAUCGACCAGACGACCAUCAUCUCGCUGCUCUCGACACUCGCGAUCCUGUUCACGGCGCUGGGGAUUUCGAAACUGGUAUUGGACAAGCACACUCCGGGGAGGCUGAGGUUCCUGUUUGUCUGGCAUGCGUUUGACGCGCUGAUCCACUUCAUACUGGAGGGGAGUUUUGUGUGGCACUGCCUGUUCAGCAGCACGUCGGUGAGGGAGGUGAAGGGGGAUUACUUCCCGACGCCGUAUUAUUAUUUGGGGCGGGACCAAAAGGGACGGGUUUGGGGCUCGCAGGCGGCUGUUGGGCAGGAGGGGUUUUUGGGUGCUAUGGCGCAGUUGUGGAUGGUGUAUGCCAAGGCUGAUCGGAGGUGGGCGGGGGUUGAUUUGGCGACAAUGAGUAUUGAGAUUAUUACGGUUGUUUUUGGGGGUGUGAUGGCGGUGUUGGUUUGUUGGGAUUUGGCGAGGAAGAAUGUGGCUAGGGGGAACUUGGCUAUGAUCAUUCUUGCGACGGCCGAGUUGUAUGGUGGGUAUAUGACUUUUAUGCCGGAAUGGUUGAGCGGGAGCGCCAACUUGGAUACGAGCAACUUUAUGUACAAGUGGAUUUUCUUGGCCUUUUUCAAUGGCCUUUGGGUGGUUAUCCCUCUGUAUGCCAUCUACGUGGCUGGAGCGGACAUUUACGACGCUAUCUGGGUCAGGUCUAUUGUUGAGGAGCAGAAGAAGGACGAGUAA